CGCAGCCCCAAGGGGGGGUCUGGUUGCUUUGUCCGGGAUUAGAGCGGAGCCCCCCCCCCCCGGGCAGGGGGCCGACACGUCGGGGUGCGGGGAACCCGUCCGGGCGCGGGGGGGGGCAGGGAAGCAGUCACGUGCAGAGGUGGGAAACGGACAAAAGCAGGAGAGCGCCCCCCCCCCCCAUCCUGUCACCGCGGAGACCGGGCGACAGACCCUGGCGCGGAAGGACCUUCCAAGCCGAGUGGGGCGAUGCUGAGCCCCGGUUCUGCCACAGGCACCAGGCCACGGAGCUGCAGCCGCAGGAGGAGCCGGUGCAGCGCGGGGAGAUGCGGGGGCCGGCGGUGAUGCGGGCCAUGCAGCCCCCGUCUGGGGCCGGUUCCCCCACACACCCCCCAGCCGGCGCCGGGGCCGGGGCCGAGCUCCCCGGCCCAGAGCCCUGGCGCCAGCGCUUCCGGGGCCUGCGCUACCGGGACGCCCCGGGGCCGCGGGAGGUGUGCCGGCGCCUGCAGGAGCUGUGCCGGGGCUGGCUGGAGCCCCAGCGCCGCAGCAAGGAGCAGGUGCUGGAGCUGGUGGUGCUGGAGCAGUUCCUGGCCAUCCUGCCCCCGGGCAUGCGGAGCUGGGAGUGGGGGCGCAGCGUGCAGACCUGCGCCCAGGCCGUGGCCCUGGCCGAGGGGUUUCAGCGGGGGCUGGAGGAGGACGAGAAACGCCAGGUCGCGGCGUGGGGGAAGGUGCAGGACGUGGGCGCAGAGGAGAUGCCGUCCCCGGGGGCGCAGUGGGAGCCUGGCGAUGCCUGGCGGGAGCAGCCCCAGGCCCGCGGUGCCGACAGGCCGCUGGAGGAGCCCGGGCAGAGGGAGACGCCGGGGCCUCAGGACGCUAAGGAGGAGCCCCCGCCCCGCCAGGAGUCAGACUGCCCCAAAACAGAGGAGACCUGGGAGAUGUCAGCAGUUGAAAGCUCCUCGGGCUGCUGCCCCAGACGAGGCCCUUCCCCAGCAGCAGGUGCCGGGACCCUGAGCAGAGCUGAGCAGAAGCGUCCUGGAAAAGAGCCUGUAACCCUGGAGCUGCACAGGACUUCCCCAGGGAGCCUGGAGGAGAGGGGCUCCCCGACACGUGAGCUGGGCCAACUGCAGAAGGGGCAGGGCAGGCCUCCAAGGCAAGAGCUCCGGGAGGUGUUUGAGGACGUGGCUGUGUACUUCACACGGAAGGAGUGGGAGCUGCUGGAAGAUGAAGACAAGGUGCUUUACUGGGACCAGAUGCUGAAGAAUUACCAAGCCCUCAUUUCCCUGGGAUAUCGGGGUCCCACACCUGACUUAAUCUGCAGCAUCCAGCAAGGACAGGUGGAGCUGUGGGUCUGUGAAGAUGAGGACGGUGGGGAAAUGUCAAAGUCCAAGGAGCUGCUGCCAGGAGGCGCCUGGCUGCUGAGCAGAGCUGAGGAGCAACCUCCUGCGGAUGGGGCUGCAGACCCAGAGCCAGCAGGGACUUCCCCAGGGAGUUUGGCUGAGAUGGACCCCCUGACACCCGAGGAGGAUCAGUGGCACAAGAGUCAGGGGAGGCCCCAAAAGCAAAAGGAGAAUGUAGCGGUGAACCAGCACCGACGGAUCCACCUGCGCAGGAAGAUGCACCGCUGCACUGAGUGCAGGAAGAACUUCAUCUGCUGGCAAGACCUGUCCCAGCACCAGUGUGGGCAGCACUGCUGCACCAAGUGUGGGAAGAGAUUCAAGCAGGUCUCCACCCCGGCCAGGCACUGGUGCAUGCAUGCAAGGGAGAAGCCACUUGAGUGCUCAGAGUGUGGGAACAGCUUCAACCUAUCCUCCAAUCUGGCCCAGCACCAGCAUAUGCACACGGGGAAGAAACCACAUCGGUGCUCGGAGUGUGGGAAAAGCUUCACCCAGUCCUCCAGCCUGACCAAACACCGGCUCAUCCACACUGGAGAGAAACCACACCAGUGCUCGGAGUGUGGGAAGAGCUUCACUUAUUCCUCCAGCCUGGCUCUGCACCAGCGUAUGCACACAGGGGAGGAGGUAUAUCAGUGCUCAGUAUGUGGGACGAGCUUCACCCGACCCUCUCACCUGGCCCGGCACCAGCUCAUCCACACCGGGGAGAAGCCACAUCAAUGCGUAGAAUGUGGGAAAAGCUUCAACCGAUCCUCUCACCUGGCCCAGCACCAGCGUAUCCACACCGGGGAGAAGCCACAUCAGUGCUCAGAGUGCGGGAAGAGCUUCACCCACUCCUCCAGCCUGACCCAACACCGGCUCAUCCACACUGGGGAGAAACCACAUCAGUGCCCAGAGUGCGGGAAGUGCUUCACCCGAUCCUGUCAUCUUACCCGGCACCAGCUCAUCCACACUGGGGAGAAGCCAUAUCAAUGCUUGGUGUGUGGGAAGAGAUUCAACCGAUCCUCCAACCUCGCCCAGCACCUGCCCAUCCACACUGGGGAGAAACCACAUCAGUGCUUGGUGUGUGGGAAGAGCUUCAACCGAUCCUCCUACCUGGCCCAGCACCAGCUCAUCCACACAAGGUAGAAGUCACAGCAGUGCUCAGUGUGGGAAGCGCUUCCUCCACUCCACCAGACUGGCUCGGCACCAGUGCAUCCAUAGUCAGCAGUGUCCACAAUUCUGCCAGCAAUACAAGAAGGGCUUGGGGAUUUAUACCUGCCUAGCACCCACCCGUGUCUACAUUCAGGGAAGUGGUCUCAUGCUCAUGUAAUACAGCAACAGUUCAUCCUUCGUUCAGCCCUUCUAGGGCACUGCAGAUCCCAAAGGACACAGGGGCUGCCCUCCCAGGUCUGAUGCGGGUGAUGGUUUAAAAGGAAACAUGUCAGGCAGAGGCUAGCCGGAUGCUGGGGGAACCUGUAAGGAAAAGAUCAUCCUGGGAGCCUGUGGCAUCCCCAUCAUUCUCCAAAAGCAGCUGGUGCUCCCACGGGGAGAAGUACCUGCACAGUAGGUGCCCUCCCCAAGACAGCUGGCUCCAAAAGACACCCAGGGACUGUCUCUGGCCAGCUCCCAGCUUUGACUUCCCUCCUGGUCCCAGGGUCCUUGUAUGUGAAGCUCUGCAGUUGCAGGGAGGAGGACAUUGAUUGCUAAGGAAGGAUUCCCUGCCUUCCACCCUGACCAUGCCUUUCCUUUGACACUGUCUCCCACCCCAUCCUCAUAAAAAUACUAGGCGACUGUGGCAUCAAUGCCUACACAGUCAGGUGGAUUGCAAAUUGGCUGAAGGGUCGUACUCAGAGGGUGGUGGUGGACGGGUCAUAUUUGACCUGGGGGGAAGUGGGCAGUGGAGUGCCCCAGGGCUCGGUCCUUGGACCCGCGCUGUUCAAUUUCUUUAUCAGCGAUUUGGACAACGGGGUGAAAAGCAACCUGUUCAAAUUUGCUGAUGAUACCAAAAUUUGGGGUGAGGUGGGCACGCUAGUAUGGAGGGAAAGACUGCAGCAAGACCUGGAUAGGUUGCAAGGGUGGGCUAACAAAAACAGGAUGCGUUUCAAUACGGACAAGUGCAGGGUGCUGCACGUGGGCAGUAGUAACCGGCAGCACACUUAUAAGAUGGGAAACUCCCUUCUUGAGAGCAGGGAGGCAGAAAGGGAUCUUGGAGUCAUCACUGACUCCAAGAUGAACACGGGCCGACAACGCGAGGUCAUGGUCGGCAGGGCUAACCGGACCUUAUCGUGCAUCCACAGAUGCAUCUCCAGUAGGGCCAAGGAGGUGAUCCUCCCCCUCUACACAACACUGGUCAGGCCACAGCUGGAGUACUGUGUCCAGUUCUGGGCGCCGCACUUCAGGAGGGAUGUGGACAACAUAGAGAGGGUCCAGAGGAGGCCACCCGCAUGAUCCGGGGACAGCAGGGCAGACCCUACAAUGAGAGGCUACGGGACCUGAACCUGUUCAGCCUUCACAAGAGAAGGCUGAGGGGGGACCUGGUGACCAUCUAUUAACUCACUAGGGGGGACCAGAAGGGUUUAGGGGAGACCCUGUUUCCCCUAGCGCCCCCAGGAUAACAAGGAAUAACGGCCACAAGUUGUUGGAGAGUAGGUUCAGAUUAGACAUCCGUAGGAACUACUUCACAGUCAGGGUGGCUAGGAUCUGGAACCGACUUCCAAGGGAAGUGGUGCUGGCUCCUACCCUGGGGGGCUUUAAGAAGCGGCUCAAUGCCUACCUGGCUGGGGUCACUUGAUCCCAGUUUUCUUCCUGCCCAGACAGGGGGUCGGACUUGAAGAUCUACAAGGUCCCUUCCGACCCGACUUCUAUGAUUCCUCCCCACUGCAUCACCCCUUUCCCAGGCCUGCACACCCCCAUCAGGGUCUGCAGGAAAUUGCUACAGCCGCCCCAUGAGCCCAGUUUUGGCAGGUUUCACUUCCCAGCCCGUCAUCAGAUCUCUGCACCACCAGGUGCCAGCUGCCCCCCGUCCUCCUUCCCUUCAUGCUAUUGUCUAUAGCAUAUUUCUUGAUAAUCAAGCCCCACAACUUAACAUGAUACCCCUGUGGUUGAUCUCUGUGUCCUCUGCAGAGCUGUGAAAUGGGAACAGACCAGGGCCCAGAACCCUUUCCAUGGAAGAUCUCUGUGAUUCCUCACCCCCGUCCCUUUCCAGAGGAUUCGCCACAAUCCAAGGGUUUUUGCUAAGGCCCAGGAGCAGGAGUUGGUCAUCUCUGAGGCCAAGAACCCUGCCCUUUUGAAUGACCCUCUGGCCAGGGGGAAGUAGAGUCUCUUCUCUGGGUAGAGUCUCUUCAGUGUGAUAGUUGGGGUAACGGAGGUGCAGCCUGUGACAGGUCCUGGCCCUUCUGAGGAAGGGUGGGGAAAGUGUGAAGGCAUCCUGUGGGUGAAACGCAGCAUGUUGUAAUUUCCCACUGGGAAUAUCGAGGCUUCCCUGCUAGUGCCAAAGCCAUUUGGCUCCAUGAGUGCCUGUAGGGGCUACUCCUACAGUGUAUAUAAAUCUGCCUUCUCUCUUUCCCUUUUAUAGCAUUUAAGAAAAUAAAUAUCACUUCUCAGUGAGCCAUUUUUUUUGGCAGGA